CGCGUUAGGUUUAAACGUUCUAGCUGUGACAUGUCAGUUCUGUGCAAAUGAUGCUGUGUGAAAGAGUGUGUAAAAGUUGAUGUGUAUUGUGUACAUUGUUAUCUUCACUUGUUGAAUAUCACAAACAAACAAAAUGAAUACCAGAGCAGCUUCUGCUAGUCAGAGAAUGGUCCUUCAGAGCAAUGCUGACAAUAUGGAUGCUAUAUCACAAGCCAAGGCACACCUGCAACAGAGGCCACAGACCGCCCAUGCUUUACAAAGGAACACACUUGGUGAUAUUGGGAAUAAAGUCUCAGCAAUCCAGAUAACGGAUGGAAACAAAAAAGGACCAAUAAAAAAAGAAAUUGUACAGAUUAACACCAGACCUCAAAAAGCAUUGACCAAAGCCAAAGCUACAUCAUCACUGCGGGCACUUGCAGAGGAACCGACUAAACCGGUUGUUUAUGAUGAUUUCCAAUUUGUUGAGCCAUCCAAGACCUCCACAGUGCCAACUGCCACAGUUCAUCCACUGCCUUCCGGACCUGCCCCUAUGGACAUCAGUGAUGCUGGCCCAGAAGCAUUUUCUAAAGCUUUGCUUAAUGUACAAGACAUUGAUGCUAAUGAUAAAGAAAACCCUCAACUAGUCAGCGAAUAUGUCAAUGAGAUCUAUGAAUACAUGCGGAUGCUUGAGACUCGAUUCCCAGUGCGACAAGGCUACCUUGACCAACAGGAGAUCACAGGGAAGAUGCGUGCAAUCUUGAUCGACUGGUUGUGCCAGGUCCACCACAGGUUUCACCUCCUCCAAGAAACUCUUUACCUCACUGUUAGCAUCAUUGACAGAUUCUUACAGGAACGUCCUGUGAGCAAAAACAAGCUACAGCUCGUGGGAGUCACUUCAAUGUUAAUAGCAUCAAAAUAUGAAGAAAUGUAUGCCCCUGAGGUUGCAGACUUUGUAUACAUCACAGACAAUGCCUACACCAAAAAGGAAAUUUUAGAAAUGGAGCAAACAAUUAUUAGAGCCUUAAACUUCAGUUUUGGAAAGCCAUUAUGUUUGCAUUUUCUUCGGAGGAAUUCCAAAGCAGGACAGGUUGACGCUAGUAAGCACACCCUUGCCAAGUACCUGAUGGAGCUGACUAUUGUAGAGUAUGACAUGGUGCAAUAUCUUCCCUCACAGAUAGCUGCAGCUUCCCUCUGUCUUUCUAUGAAGCUUCUGGAUGGUGGCAAAUGGACUGAGACAUUGGACCACUACAGCUCAUUCACUGAAGAGGACCUUUUGCCUACCAUGCAGAAACUGGCCACUCUAGUCAUCAAACAGGAGGACCCUAAACUCAAGCUCACUGCCAUUAAAUUGAAAUACUCUAGUUCCAAGUUUAUGAAGAUAAGCAGUAUAGCAGCAUUAAAAUCUCCACUAGUGCAGGAGUUGGCCUCAAACAGUUCUUGAUGGCAUAGUCCUCAUAUAGCCAAGCUCAACUUGUGAUAUUAUCUGUAUGAUCUUACUGUCUGUGAUCAUUGUCUGGCCAGACCGCCAUUCCAGUUAUUUAUUUUGUUGAUGGGUAGAUAAUCAUAAAACUAAGUUAGUGAUUUGUGUGAAAUGUGAUGCACUUGGAAAAAUGACGGCCAUCGGCUGAAAUGUCCAAACAAAUACAGAUGUUAGGUUGAAGUGACAUUGCAUUUAGCUGCUCAAGGAUUUCAUAUUUAUUGCAAAGUGUUGUAGUACAGAACAAAACAAAAAAAUAGAAAAAGUAAAAAAUUAAACUGCAUAAAUUAUUCAGAUCCUAAUUUUUUAACUGACAAAUCUUAGAUAUUAGAAAUAUUCCGUCCAAAAUUUUACAUAGAUCUGAAUAUUUUAUCAGCAUUUUGGUGUUGCUUUUGGUUACGAAGCAGGGUAGCAUGUUUUUAAAAAUCCCCUAUAGUGCUACUGUAGAAAAUUGAAUCAAAUUUUAUAACCACUUGACCAAAUUAACACUUGUCAACAAAUCAUAUUCUCCCUGCUUGGUACUUUGUGUGUGCCAUAACGUUUCGUAGUUCUGUUGUAAGAAUUUAUGCGACUUGUGGAUGCAAUCAUGAAUAUGCCUUUGGACAUUGUAGGCACAUACAAAUCAUGUACAACAGUUUUUAGCCUUAGUUUGGUAAAAGGGGUGCUAAAUUUUUUUGGGAAAUGAACACCUGCACAUGUCCAAGGCUAACUAACAUUUGUGGUAAUCAUGUUUCUAGUGUAUGGUCCUGAAACCCCCUUAUAUACAACAAUCUUUUAACUAUUGUUUUUUUAUUGAACAUGUACCCGCAUUUGUAGAAAAUGUAUGUUUCCGUUUGUUGUAUAUAAUGAUGGUUUUCAGUGGCUCUGCACAUGAUUUCAGUAGCAUUUAGAGUAGUUUUGUAGGCUUUUAGACUAUUGUAUAUUCUUGUAUAUAUUUAUAUUUUACGAAAUAAAAGAUGAU